AUGGCCUCAAAGAGCUCAGCGUCAGCUGCCCUUUUACUCUCCCUCAACAUUCUCUUCUUUGCUUUUGUCACCGCCCAUGAUAGCCCUUGCCUUUGUAGCCGUUGCUCUUGCAACCCUACCCCAACUCCUAAUCCUCCUUCAACGGGUACAUGUUCCAUUAAUACACUGAAGCUGGGUGUAUGUUCCAAUUUGCUGGGGGUGGUGAACGUGAUUAUCGGAUCGCCACCAACACUUCCAUGUUGCUCUCUAAUCCAAGGGCUGGCUGAUCUCGAGGCUGCCGUUUGCUUGUGCACUGCCAUUAGAGCCAAUGUCUUGGGCCUCAAUCUCAACGUUCCAGUUUCCUUGAGCGUGAUCUUAAACGACUGUGGUAGAAGGGUUCCAAAUGGAUUCCAAUGUCCACAGAAUCUAUCUCUGACUACCACCCUUGGAUGGCUCUAG